AUGUCUACCAACCCCGGUCCUUCCGGCGAGGACAAGCCUGAGGGCUUCUCGAAGUAUCUGAAACGCAUGAAGACCGUUCUGCGCACCCGUUCCAGCUCUAAACGUCAAUCGGUGUCGAGCCUGUCUGGUCUAACAAGCAAGCCAAGUGCUUCCGCCGCAACGCAGAGACACUCUAUCGCGACCGCCCCGAUUCUGUCGGACUAUGGCACCGUGCAGAAGGAGAAGGCGAGAGCCGUUUUCGCCAAAUAUGGCCUAACUCUUGAGCCCGGCGAGUGGAAAUCGCCUACCGACUUGCCUUUGCAGCGAGUCACCAAGCCCGUUCGCAUGCGUGUCCGCCGCAGCUGCCACCGCUGCCAGACCACAUUUGGCCCAGAUAAGGUCUGCGUCAACUGCCAGCACCCACGCUGCAAGAAAUGCCCGCGCUUCCCUCCCGGCCGUACCAAGGACGAGUCGGCGUCCGCCGAGCCGCCGAUUCCCAAGGCCAAGAUCCCCGAGAUGCUGCGCCAGCGCGGCGACUUCCCUAUGAACUUGGCUUCGCAGUUGCAGUCUCACGGCGCCGCUGCGUUCCUUACUCGGCCAUCGCCCAGGGGUGGCCAGAACGUUGUUCGCAAACCUAUCCGCCAGCGUGCCCGCCGCCACUGCCACCAGUGCCAGACUAUGUUCGCACCUGGAUCCAAGGAGUGCGAGAACUGCAAGCAUGCCCGAUGCAAGACCUGCCCUCGCGAUCCAGCUAAACCAGAAAAAUACCCCACUGGAUAUCCUGGUGAUGUCGACCCGCCGAAACCUUUCCCAAAUCGCGAGUGGAAGAAACCACGGCGCCGAUACCGGUACAUUUGUCACGUCUGUUCAACGACAUAUCACGACGGAGCAUCUUCAUGCAUAAAAUGCGGCCAAAGCAAAUGCGAAGAAACGAUACGAGAUCCACCGAAGAAGGUCAAGAAAGAAUUUGAUCCAGCGCUUAUCCGGCAUGUGGAGGAGAAAUUGGCCUCGUUGACAGUCUAG